AUGCCCAGUCCGUACCGCAUAGAGCGCGCAUUCGGUUGGACCAAACAACGCCCACGGGAUUAUGACUUGGUGGGAGCAGUGGCCAUGAAUUUCUACGCCAAGCGAGGAGAGACCAUUGAGGAAACCAGUCUCUGUGAGAUCAACGGCAUCAUCGAGGCGAUGCAAACGGGAGCCGAUCUGCUACCAGAAGAUGAAGAGGGACACCGGCAACUGGUGAUGGAGAAGUUGCCGAAGAAACAAUGGGAUCGCAUCAACGUUUUCAGCAAGAAAGACUCAGAUACCCUCCCAGAGCUUAAAGAAAAGAUCAACCACAAGAUUGAGCUUGAGGAAGGAAAAAGUCCCCAGGAUCUCGGAUACAACUCGUUAUACAAGAUGACUCUGGAGGAGCUAGAGGAAUGUCGUCAAUACAUUACUGAAAACCUUCAAAAGGGUUUCAUUAAAGCAAGCUCAGCCCCGUGGGUAGCCCCUAUUCUGUUUGUUCCCAAAGGCAAUGGAGGUCUGCGUUUCUGCGUGGAUUACCAUAAACUCAACGCAUUGUCGAAGAAGGACCGAUACCCCCUUCCACUCAUCGAUGAGACACUGGCCUGCAUUAGCCAAGCCAAGGUCUUCACGAAGGUAGAUAUUCGACAAGCGUUCCACCGUAUCCGAAUGCAUCCGGAUCACGAAGACUUAACAACGUUCCGUACGAGGUACGGAGCUUACAAAUACAAGGUGUUACCAUUCGGCCUGACGGGAGGACCGUCGUCCUUCCAAAGGUUCAUCAAUGAAGUCUUGAUGGGCUACCUCGAUAACUUCUGCAGCGCCUACAUCGACGAUAUCUUGAUCUAUUCCAAUGACCAGGAGGAUCAUGAUAAACACGUCGACAUGGUGCUACGACGCCUCGAAGAAGCUGGGCUGCAAGCCGAUAUCAAGAAGUGCGCGUUCAGUGUAACCAAGACCAAGUUCUUGGGCUUCAUCAUUGGCACCGAUGGUAUCUCCGUGGAUCCGGAGAAGGUGGCAGCGGUGAAGGAAUGGAAGGUGCCCAACACGGUGAAAAGUGUGCAAGAAUUCCUGGGUUUCUGCAAUUUCUACCGGAAGUUCAUCAAGGAUUUCAGCAGAAUAGCUAAGCCUCUGACAAACUUGACAAAGAAAGAUUUGGCCUUCAAGUGGAAUGACCACGCCAGUGGUGGAUUGAUGAGCCAACUUCAAGAGGACGGCGAAUGGCACCCGGUGGCGUUCUACUCAGAAACUAUGAACUCGGCCGAGUUCAACUACCCUGUUCAUGAUAAAGAGCUGAUGGCCGUGAUGAAGGGUAUCGAGCAAUGGCAACCAGAACUCAAGGGAACCAAACCAUUCACAAUUUUCACGGAUCACCAAGCACUUGAAUAUUUCAACACAAAGAGGGUUCUCAACGGCAGACAGGUGCGAUGGUCGGAAACCCUGUCAGAAUACCAAUUUCGAAUGACUUACCGACCAGGCAAGGACAAUGUGGCGGCAGAUGCGUUGUCUCGCAAGCUGGAAGACCUGAAGACGGUCAAGAACAAGAAGGAGGAUCAGUUUACCCUGCGAAUGCUUAAACCCGCCGAUGACGGAUUCUUCACCUUCGCUGGCGAUAAACCCACAGAGCCAGAGGAGCGAGAACCCCCGCCUAAUUCGGAGGGGGGAAAUGAAGCGGUUGGAAUUGAAAUCGCUGAGCUGGAGGUCAGCCAUGAUCUGACCGAAGAGCUCAUCCAGGCCAACCGCUCUGCAGAAUCACUUUCAAUCUACAGAUUUUUU